AUGCAGAGCUUGCUCCUCACAAGCAUUGUUUCGGUCCCUUUGACGUCCCUGGAAGUGCACCGUAAGCCUGUGCCCAGGGCUCUAGCAGCCGAGGAAGUCAUCUUUGCUCCAGAGAUAACCCCGACUCUUCUCUCCACAGCCAAUAUCUUGACAGUGAUCAUUCUGUCUCAGCUGGUGGCUCGAAGGCAGAAGUCCUCCUACAACUAUCUCCUGGCCCUCGCCGCCGCCGACAUCUUGGUCCUCUUUUUCAUUGUGUUUGUGGACUUCCUGUUGGAGGAUUUCAUCUUGAACAUGCAGAUGCCUCCGGUCCCCAACAAGGUCAUAGAGGUGCUGGAGUUCUCCUCCAUCCACACCUCUAUUUGGAUCACCGUGCCGUUAACCAUCGACAGGUACAUCGCUGUUUGCCACCCGUUGAAAUACCACACCGUCUCCUACCCAGCCCGCACACGCAAAGUCAUUGUCAGUGUGUACGUUACCUGCUUCCUGACCAGCAUUCCCUACUACUGGUGGCCCAACAUCUGGACUGAAGACUACAUCAGUACCUCCAUGCACCACGUCCUCAUCUGGACCCACUGCUUCACCGUGUACCUGGUGCCCUGCUCCAUCUUCUUCAUCUUGAACUCCAUCAUCGUGUACAAACUCAGGAGGAAGAGCAAUUUUCGCCUCCGUGGCUACUCCACGGGGAAGACCACUGCCAUCCUGUUCACCAUCACCUCCAUCUUUGCCACCUUGUGGGCCCCUCGCAUCAUCAUGAUUCUCUACCACCUCUAUGGGGCCCCCAUCCGGAACCCCUGGCUGGUGCACAUCGUGUCCGACGUGGCCAACAUGCUGGCCCUUCUGAACACAGCCAUCAACUUCUUCCUGUACUGCUUCAUUAGCAAGCGAUUCCGCACCAUGGCGGCCGCCACGCUCAAGGCCUUCUUCAAGUGCCAAAAGCAACCUGUACAGUUCUACACCAACCAUAACUUUUCCAUAACAAGUAGCCCCUGGAUCUCACCAGCGAACUCGCACUGUAUUAAGAUGCUGGUAUACCAGUAUGACAAAAAUGGAAAGCCUAUAAAAGUUUCCCCUUGAUCCUGUAGGACUGGCACCAGAUGCCUCUGUCUAAUCCAUUUCCAGAUGGGAGCAUGUCCCAUCGCACAGCUGAACAGCUCUCCUUAAGAGUGCUAAUCCGAUUUCCUGUCUCCAUAGACUGGUAGGUGAGGAAGGAUGGAAGAGAAGAAAGGGGAGCAUGGAUCUCGUUUUUAUUGACACGUUUGUUUUCACCAAGUCGUGUCGGCAGCCAGCCGCAGCUCCUGCCGGUUUGAAGAUGCUGCUGGAGAUUUGAAGUGUCGUGCUGUGAGUGCUAAGGACACACAAGGUAGAGAAAUAGCCUGUGACUUGGUACUGGCACCAUCCACCGAGACCGGGAACUGCUCAUCUGUGUGACGCACCAAGCCACAGUAGCUGAGCCCACGCUCUUCUUCCGAGAGCCAAGGUCAUCCAUUGCUCCCCCAUGCCGUUGCCAGCAGCUAACGAUGCUGACUGAUUUGGGACUUUUCCAAGGUGCCCUUUGUCCUAGAGCAGGUUGUAGUCCUGAAGUGGCCCUGGCCCCUCCUCGUUGCAGAGUAAGUGACACUAUGGGGCUAGGGGAGUGUUGAAUCUCAUCCAAACCCUGGCCAGGACCUCCGAACCAACACAGCUAGUGACCCUCAGGCCUGAGGUCUGCUCUGUAGUUUUCUAUUUGCCAUUAUGUAUAGUUUUUAUCUAUCUCCUCCAACACAAAGACCCUGCCUUGUGCAGGAGAAAGGAGGAAAUCUUGAGCCCAGAAAAACAAAAAAACAAAGCCCACUCUUGCCAUUGUUUGAAUCCAUCCAGUGUCAGCUGUAUACAGUCCCUUGGCUCAAAUUGCUUCUUGUUGUGAUACCGCGUCUGCUUCCUGGAGAAGCCUUUCAUGUGGACAGUUGCCAACCCUGCCCCCUUGCUUGCUGAAGCCCUCACCAAAUUGUUUUAUCUGAAGUGACUUCCUAACUGAAUUUAAUAUUCAAGGGGCAGGAACUGUAGCUUUCUGGUAUGAAAGGAGGUAUUCUCAGCCCUGGCUCAGAGUCUGGCUGGCUUUCUCAUUAGGCCACAAAUGCAGACACAAUUGACAUGGAAAAGUGCCCUGCUGACUUCUUGUCUGGCCUUUAACACACAUGGCUUGCAAGGGCUCGGCCAGUUCUUGGUGAAACUGUUUCACCCAGAUCCUUGGCAAAAUGAUAGAAUAGAACUUUAUUAUUUAUUGAUUAGCCCUUUGCCUGUUAAGGCAAGAAGAGGUCUAGGAUGUAAUGAAUAGGGGUUUCCACACACAUGCUGGAUUCUCUUAGCUCCUUCUGUGUUGAGUGAUGUGUUUUGAAAGGGAAAUCCGUGCUGGAGUUCCUCUUAUUUUUAUGCCUGUCCCGAAUUCUUGGUGUUUGAAUUCAUCCCUGUACUGGAAGAAAUCUCUCUAAAUGAUUUGGGAAUUGUAUGAUAUUUUUGAUGACCAAAUAAACAGCAGACAGUCCACCUGGAACACUUGGUUCCCCAGGCUGGAUCUUUACUGAAUUUUGUCCCUAAAUUGGAAGACAUGUCUGUGCUUUUUAAGGGAAUUUGCUAUAAAUGAAUGAAAUAGAUAAGGCCCUAGGGCAGCUCAAGCCCUACACUUUAGCCAACGCCCUCAAUACUAACACAAUGUUUUUUUAAAAAAUAUUUAUUUAUUUAUUUACUUGAAAGGCAGAGUUACAGAGAGGCAGAGGUGGGAGGCCGCGUGUCUUCCAUCUGCUGGUUCACUCUCCAAAUGGCUGCAACGGCCUGAGUUGUGCAGAUCCGAAGCCAGGAGCCAGAAGCUUCCUCCGGGUCUCCUACACAGGUGCAGGGAUCCAAGGACUUGGGCUAUCCUCUACUGCUUUCCCAGGCCAUAGCAGAGAGCUAGACUGUAAGUGGAGCAGCCGGGACUUGAACCGGCACCCCUAUGGGAUGCCGGCACUGCAGGCAGCAGCUUUAUCCACUAUGCCACAGCGCUGGCCCCUGCAAUAGCAUUUCAAUCCACAUUAAUCUUGAUGAUCUUAAUUCCUACUCCUUUUAAAUGAUUGUAGACCCAAAUAUUCAAUUCUAAAGGCAGCGCAAAACACAGCACACCUGACAGAGCCAAAGUUACCUUUCCCGAGGCCUCAGGAAAGAGCCAUGUUGGAGAUCACAGUCUAUCCCUUUAAGAAACCUGCAGCUAAGUUUUUUCCCCAGCAUUGAAGCAGGUGGCUGUCUCUUUGUUUGAAAGCAAGACAGAAUUGGCUUGUGUUUAGGGACCAUAUUGUCUGAUCUGAUUCUAACGUAUCUGAGAAUGUUCAGACAACACGGGUUCCCAUUAGUAGAUGUUCGUGAAGACACUCGGCUAAGAGACAGACGCCUGUCUCGCCUCUCACUCACUCCCCAGGGCCUAUGUUCAUUGACUGCAGUGGUGGGCAGAUUCCCUCAUGUCCCUUAACUUGCCUUUCUCUCUCCUUGUCUCUUGUUUGCCAAGCAUGUGUAGUUGGCUAUGUGUUCACUCAAUUCCACCAUACCCCUUUAUGAAUGAACAUUGACCAAAGGCUACCUAUACUGAAUAUAUAUAUAUAAUGUAUUUAUUUAUUUAUUUUUAAAAACAUAGCUCUAAAAAAUGCUAGUUUGAGCUACAUGUGAAUGAGUAAAAGUGCAAUAUCUAUAAAUAUUAAGCAAUUUCUUUUUAAGGAUGUACAUAAGAUGGAAAAUAAGUAUGUGAAUCUCAGUUGUCUGUUCUACGUUUGUAGACUGUAUGUAAAAGGUAAUGGUUGAUGUUUAACACCUGAGUGUGCAUUGAAAUGUUUUCCUCAGAUACUCGUUUAUUUUAAUGUCUUAAUGUAAUGUUUUUUCUUUGACUAUAUUUUAUAUUUUGCUAAACAAUAUUUUCUGAAGUUCUGAUUAUUGAAGGCUCUCUAGUGAUUUUCUGUCUUCUGCUUUAAAUGUGUAGGAAUACCCAUCGGGUUAAGUUAAUACAUUUCUCCUAAAAGUUAUUUCAGAUCAUCUAAGGACUUUUAAUUUAUGAUAUUAUUUAUCAUAGUAAUUAUGGACAAUAAUGGAAAAGGAUUGUUGGUUGUGUGUGUGUGUGUGUGUGUUCUUUAAGAACUUGUAAGACUUUUUUUUUAGGCCAGUUUUAGAAAUAAAGCCUGAAUUUUGAAGCCUGUCAUGUAAACAGCUGCUGCUGAUGGCACUCAAGUAAUUGCCUUAUCUUGGGUUUUUGCCGUGCCUCUUUCAAAGACUGUUAACUUGUGUCUCCCUUGCUGUAUGAUUUGUGUCCUUGGCAGGGCACUGCAGCGACACUACACACGAACGUGCUGUGGCUUUUGAUUGAGCAACUCACAGGCUGAAAUAGCAUGUGGGGAAGGAGAUGAGGGGGAUGGCAGACAAAUCAUAGAGGACAGACCGUGAGCAGGCAUGGACUUCCAUUUGCAAACAUUCCACAAUUGGAAAAGGUUGCUUUGCACAGUUGGUACCUACUGGUCCAACAUGGGGAGCCCAUCUGAAGUGAAUAAAAAACUCUACUGUUGGCCAUUCCGGUUUAAAGAAUGGAAUAGAAAGUUAUAGAAAAAAUAGUAAAUGUUCAUAUUUUCUUAAUUAGAUAAUAUAUUGUGUUUGGACUUGUUUGUAUUACAAUAAAUUCUAAU